AUGGAGAACGACCGUGUUCGCAAGUUCUUCGAGACUGUUAGCCAGGAAGACCCUGAUAAACAAUGGACUGAAGAUGAACUUUGGGAAGCAUUCCAAUGCACUCUCUUUAUACCAAGGGAUGAAGCAGAGAUCUGGCUCUCAAUGUUCCUCGCCAGAGCUAAGUACCCAAUGAAGACACGUGAAAUCCAUGAUAAAUACGUGGAGUUCUGUAAUGACACAAGAAGGAAAAUACGAGCACGAAUCUAA